UGUGAAAAAAAAUUGGCAUCCAAGGAGAAAGUUGCCUGCAACCUCGAUUCAGCUACUUCUUCAGAAAGUGAUGUGGAACUGGGCAAUGAGUCUGUUGAGGAAGUGGAAUCAUGUUACCCUGAAAACAAUACAUCUGUUAAUGCAUGUGUGGAUAGCAAUAGAAAGGUACAUGUGCUGUAAAAUAAAAAUUAAAUUAAAAUACAAAGUUAACCCUGCAACGCCCAUGUUUCCACUUACGUAUUUUACUCUGUCUAACGCCAGAUGAUUUUAUUUGUCAAUGGGGAAAGUGUCUGGGCGUUACAGGGUUAAACUGUACCUGUAAUUUCCACUAUGAAAUUUCACUAAUCAUAUUCUACUGUAAAGCAGUUUACCGUGAUCUCUUCAUUUACUAUACUUGGUUGCAAGAACUGCUGACAAUUGCAGACAAAAUGCAUUGACCUUGUAGUUUCAUGAAUGAAAAUUGUAGCUUUUCUUUGUGAUGUAAUAUUCCUUUAAGGAACGUCCUGAACUUGUUGUAAUCAGUUCUGAUGAUGAAAUGGGUCAACAAGUUAACAAGAAAUACCUUCCCAAAAAAGAUAAGAGGAAAAGGAUGAAGGUAAGACAUUCUGCAGUCUGUAUGUGUUCUCAUUACAUGUAUGUUGUAAUAAAAAUAACAAAACUGCAUUACAACUUGUUUUAAAUGGUUAUAUUUCUAUCAUUUUUAGGCGGAUUUACUUGAUGAAUUGGCCGAUAGUUUAAGUGGGCUAAGCUCUGCUGAAAACACACCAGCUAAAAAGGUCCGGGUUGCAAGUCUUAAAGUCGAAGACACUGAACUUCUCUGCAGGAAUUUAUUUGAUGAACA